CGCCCGGCCCUCCUUAUCCAGAGCGGCAGGCACGGGCGGCCUCUUCUCUCGUCUCCUCUCUUCUCCUCUCGGGCAGCCGAGCCGAGCCCAGCCGCGGGACCCUCCAGCCGGGCACUGGGAGCCUCUCGCCGACCCGAGCAGCACACAAUGUCUAAACGAAUCCAUGGCGGGCCUGUUGUUGAGAUGCAGGGAGAUGAGAUGACUCGUGUUAUAUGGGACCUGAUUAAGGAAAAGCUCAUCUUUCCGUACAUUGAUCUGGAACUUCACACCUAUGACUUGGGCAUAGAGAACCGCGACUCAACUGAUGACAAAGUCACUGUGGAAGCUGCUGAAGCCAUCAAGAAGUACAACGUAGGAAUCAAAUGUGCCACGAUUACUCCUGACGAGAAGAGAGUAGAAGAAUUCAAGUUGAAGCAAAUGUGGAAAUCUCCAAACGGGACCAUCAGAAAUAUUCUGGGGGGCACGGUGUUCCGGGAAGCCAUCAUCUGCAAAAAUAUCCCCCGGCUGGUGUCUGGAUGGGUGAAACCCAUCAUCAUUGGCCGUCACGCAUUUGGAGAUCAAUACAGAGCCACCGAUUUUGUUGUGCCGGGCCCUGGAAUAGUAGAGAUGACCUACACACCAAAGGAUGGAGGAAAACCGGUAACUUACACAAUACAUAACUUUGAAAAGUGUGGAGGUGUGGCUAUGGGAAUGUUCAACCUUGACCAAUCCAUCAAGGACUUUGCUCACAGCUCCUUCCAGAUGGCGCUGUCUAAAAGUUGGCCUCUGUAUAUGAGCACCAAAAACACCAUUUUGAAGAAAUACGACGGCAGAUUUAAGGACAUCUUUCAGGAGAUCUAUGAGAAGGAGUACAAGUCACAGUUUGAAGCCCAAAACAUCUGGUACGAGCAUCGGCUCAUAGAUGAUAUGGUGGCCCAAGCACUGAAAUCCGAGGGAGGGUUUAUCUGGGCCUGCAAGAAUUACGAUGGUGAUGUUCAGUCUGACUCGGUUGCGCAAGGUUAUGGCUCCCUUGGAAUGAUGACAAGCGUCCUGAUCUGUCCCGAUGGCAGAACAGUGGAAGCUGAAGCGGCGCAUGGCACGGUGACCCGCCACUAUCGCAUGCACCAGAAAGGCCAAGAAACUUCCACCAACCCUAUUGCCUCUAUCUUUGCCUGGACCAGAGGUCUAGCACAUAGAGCAAAGUUAGAUAACAACACAGAACUCAAGAACUUUGCCACCGCCUUGGAGGAAGUCUGUGUCGAGACCAUUGAGGCUGGCUUCAUGACAAAAGAUCUGUCUGCUUGCAUUAAAGGACUACCGAAUGUGCAGCGCUCCGACUACUUGAGUACAUUUGAGUUCCUAGACAAACUUGCUGAAAACCUGAAGGCAAAGUUGUCCUCUCAGCCGAGGCUUUAAAGAGCUGGUCUGAACGACUGCUGGGAGAAAGACGGUUGCCUGCCAGAUGAACGAACAAGUCCCUCUGUUGUGUGGGGUAGGCGCACCACGCUCUGAGGAGAAAUCAACCUGACAAUAGAAACACGUGCAGUAGACUCUCUCACCCCUUAGGUUCCCAAAAUGAUUUCUGUGUUGUUAAAAAAAAAAGGCUGAUGGAGCAACCACAACAACUGCCUUCCUGACACGCUGCUGGUCCUUCUGACGGUCAAACCCUUCCUUCUCUUGGGGGCUGAGUUCUACAGCAAAGCUCGUUUUUUUUUUUUAAAGUGCCCGAGGCAGUGGAUUCCUGUGCUGUUCACUGGCUUUUGACCACCAGGGGGCCAUCUUAGCAAUGGAAACCGUCCCUUUCUCAUACGUUUUAAUGAAUUUUUGCAAACAGAACCAAGCCCAAGAAAAGAGGGAGAGAGGAGAAGAGUCGAAGAACGAUAAAGGCCAGACCUUUUCUUUCAUUACGUCUUGUCACUGAGCUGAAGGGCAGAAAUUUCCUUUUUCUCUUCAGCUGUAUGUCAGUCGAGGUGCUGUCUCUCAGUUGCCGUUUGAACAUGGAUGUAAAGUUCAAAAUAAAUUACCGAUACCCAC